AUGUCAUUUCUAAGUACAAUUAGAGGAUUGGGUAGAUCAUCCAAGAAGAAUAAAAAAGAUUUAGAACCAACCAAUAACUCACCAAUUUUAUAUACUCAUUCAAAUUAUUCUGGUAAUAAUUUAAAAAGAUCACAAUCACCAACUAAAAUAUUAUCAUCAUCACCUAGUAAAUUAACAUUGUCAAGCACUUCAUCAUCAGUAAAUACAUCAAAUAGUAAUCGAGCAUCAUUUCAACCUAGUUCACCAAGUAAAAGAAAUCGAAUUUUACAUCCAAAUCAACAACAACAACAACAACAACAACAACAACAAAAACUGCCUUUAAAACAUCGACAACUGUAUCAAAAUUCAAUACAAAAUGCCAAUCUGCAAAAUUCACUAUUAAUUGAUCCACCAUUAUUUCUAUGUGAACCAUAUGUCAAAAUGUCAUUAGUUAAAGGUUCAUUUAAAACUAUUGUAACUAUUCCAAAAUAUGUAGAUUAUUACGAAUGGCUAGCAAUUAAUGUUUUUGAAAUGUUUAACAAUUUAAAUCGAUUUUAUGGGGUUGUACAAGAAUAUGUUACUCCUGACGCAUUUCCAACAAUGAAUGCAGGUCCAAAUACAAAUUAUUUAUGGGUUGAUAGUUCAGGACAGGCUAUAAAUUUACCUGCUUGUCAGUAUAUUGAUUAUGUUGUCACUUGGAUAUCAAAUAAGACAAAUGAUCAAAGUGUAUUUCCUACAAAAAGUGGCGGCUCAUUCCCACCUAAUUUCAUUAAAGAUUGUAAAAAUAUAUGUAGACAAUUAUUUAGAAUAUUUGCAUUUAUUUAUUAUAAUCAAUUUGAAACAAUUUUGCAUUUGACAUUAGAAGCUCAUUGGAAUUCAUUCUUUGCUCAUUUCAUAUCAUUUAAUGCUGAAUUUAAUUUAUUGGAUAAAAAAGAAUUGGAACCAUUACGUCCAUUAAUAGAAAAAUUACAGCAAUUGGGCAAGAUUUAA